AUGAUGAGACAGCUUGAAGACCUAGACUAUGCCGAUGACAUUGCGCUCAUUUCCAGCACAUGGACGCAAGCACAAACGAAGUUAGAAAGGCUGGGGAGCAACAGUGAAGGUACGGGUUUGAAGAUAAACGUCGAAAAAACGAAGGUGCUUAGACUCAAUGCUAGGAGACAAGAUCCUUUAAUGAUAAACGGCAUUGAUGUAGAGGAUACAGACAGCUUUGUCUAUCUAGGGGCCACUGUUAACAACUUGGGUGGUGCCGAACAGGACAUUCGGAGUAGGUUAGGGAAACACCGCGAGGCACUGGUGGUGCUGGAUAAGGAGGUGGAUGUAGUCAAGGGAAAGAUCGAAGAAAAGAAACUGGAAGGCGGUGAGUCGAUGGAUGAAGUAUGUACUUGGAGUAAUGAAAUAGAUGCGAAAAUUGAGGGCGUAGACGCGGAGAUUGAAUAUCUGGGAAGACACUUAAGUGAAUCGAGACAGAAAUUGGAAUUGGCUAAGAGAGAGGGUGAAGAAGCUUUACUAGAAAGGGAAAGAGAAAAGCAACUCAAAUUCGAAAAAGAAAAGUUAGAAAUGAAGCUAGGAUACGAGGAGAAGUCUGCAGAACUAAGAAAAGGGAACCAAGGGGAGUCGAGUGAUUCGCACGCAAAGCUGCCAAAGCUAUCAGUUACUAAGUACGAUGGGACAUACGAACAAUGGCUGCCAUUUUGGAAUAAGUUCUGCGCGGAAAUCGAGUCAACGAAUUUAGCGCCAGUCACAAAAUUUACUUACUUAAAGGAACUUCUCCAGCCGCAAGUAAGAGCAGAUAUUGAUGGGCUUCCGUUCAAAUAUCACGAGAAGGCACUGAUGAUCAGGAAAAAGAUUUUCGGCGAGGAAGAUGCUGACGUCGCAAUAAGCUAUAACAACUUGGGAAUUGUUUAUCGCAAUCUUGGACAGUACAAUGAAGCGAAAGAAUACUACGAAAAGGCAGUGAUCAUCAGGAAACAGAUUUUCGGCGAGGAACAUGCUGACGUCGCAAUAAGCUAUAACAGCUUAGGAGUUGUUUAUCGCAAUAUUGGACAGUACAAUGAAGCAAAAGAGUAUUACGAGAACGCACUGAUCAUCAGGAAAAAGAUUUUCGACGAGGAAAAUGCUGAUAUCGCAAGUUUUAGCAACUUGGGAAGUGUUUAUCAAGAUGUUGAACAGGUUUCUGGCGAGGAGCUUUGUCAGGUAUCUGCGAAUUAUUGCAACUUGGAAACUGAUAACGACAAUUACGUCAGACAGCGGAAUCAAAGAAGGACGAAAUUUUGUGUUUUAUUUUAG